UUGAGUUGUCAAUUGUCAAUUUUGUUACUUUUCGUUUGGGAGGUGAAUCAGCAGUGCUAGAAAGAUUUAUUCAAAGCAUAUUUACAAUUUUUAUUUUAUUGCGUGAAAAAGUGUUCUUCUUUCAAACGGUGUGUUUUAAACUUUCUGCCCCUGCCAAAUUAAACCAUACGACAAAAACAUUGCAUUGUUUUCCCAGCUUUAACGGAAUCAUCGUGCGUCACAAAUCUAAUAAAUUCUUUGUGGGAUAAGUUGAUUACAGGCAGGAGACAGUAUGGAGACGUCGUACCAGGGCGGUGUGGUGCAGGAAGAAGCCAGCGACAACUUCCAGCGACUGUCUUCGACCAUCGCGAGCAAUAUCAAGAAGAUAUCUCAAAAUGUCUCGUCAAUGUCGAAGAUGGUUAACCAGCUUCAGACGCCACAGGACUCGCAUGAGCUCAGGAACCAGCUGCGCCAGAUCCAGAACUACACGCAGAAGCUGGUGAAGGACACGUCGGCGAUGCUGAUGGAGCUGAUGCGGAUGCCGGCGGACGGCGCCGCGUCCCGGCUCACGCGCGAGCGCCUCAGCGACGAGUACAUGGCCACGCUCAACGCCUUCCAGACGACGCAGCGGACGGCGGCGCAGAAGACGAAAGACGACGUCAAAAAGGUGAAGGCGCAAUCCAUCAAUAUCGGCGACCCGUUCGCGAUAAGCAUUAGAAAGAAAGAAAGAAAGAAACAUUUAUUACGCAGUUACGCAGGACUGCUGGAAAUCCGUCGGGUCCUCUGGCUUAAUUUCAUGUGUUAUCUCCAGAGCGACAUCAAAGACGUGAACCAGAUCUUCAAGGAGCUGGGCCAGAUCAUCCACGACCAGGGCGCUGUGGUGGACUCCAUCGAGUCGUGCGUGGAGUACGCCUCGCAGGACGUCGAGGCCGCCACGCAGGAGCUCCGCCAGGCGGCCACUUACAAGAACAAGCUGAGGAAGAAAAAGGUGUACAUCGCGAUCGUGGUGGCCAUCAUCAUUUGCAUCAUCCUCAUCCUCGCGUUCCACCACUGAGGCCCGGCGCGCGCCGCCCGCGCCGCCUAGCACUUCUCCGCGUGUUCGGUGUGAACGAACGGUUUCAUUUGACAGGACAAUUGCUGUUGAAGUUCUAUACAUACGGUCAUUACUUCUAAAGCCCGGUCCGUGAGCACGUAGAAUUUUGUCCAAUGACCCCUAGCUACCCAUCCUUAUCGCUCGCGC